UAAACAGGAGGUGAAGGUUAUCGCCAUAAUAUUAAUUAUUACCGCUUGCUUUUCUUGCAACUCUUCAGACUUAGUUUAGAGUCAGAACCAAGCCAUACACAAAAUGAAGGCUGUGAUUGUUUUGGUUGUCCUGGUGUGUGCGCUGGCACUAGCGUCGGGUGACCUGGUGUGCGGGCGCAGUUAUUGCAAGGAGAACCCGUGCCGCACGCCCAUCUCUAAGCAGAGCUGCAAAGCCGGCGCCGUGUACCGAGAGAACCACGCCGGCAAGUGCGCGUGCUGCCCCGCCUGCGUCACCCUUCUGCCUGAGAAUGCAGCGUGCAAGACCUACAGCAAGGAGCUGGGAGAGACGCCCUCCGCUAUCUGCAAAGAGGGUCUCAAGUGCGUCGGCGGCACCUGUCUCAAAGGCCGCUAGACAUUUUAUCUAGUUAUUAUGUUUUCUUUUGCUAAGAAAUACGUUCAGCAAUUUUUCUACAGUUUCAAUAAAAAUAUCAACGAUUGCCAAUGUUAAA